AUGAUUUCAACAUCAAGUUUGGGCGAACAACCAUCCAUUCCACCAAAAACUUCGAUUGCGAAAACUGGUCACAACGUUCAAUCUCGCGUGGAAGUUUUGACGAGUGAUGUGGAGGUCAAAAAAGACCCGACAGGGCAACGGCCUCUUCUUGGUGAUGAUAGACUCUAUCUCCCUGACAGCGAACUUUACCUCACGACCACCAGGUCUGGCAAACCAGCCAUUGCCCGCUGUAAGAAUCAUGAUAUCCUACGUCAUCAUGGUUUCGAUCUUUUGGGACAGAGCUUCGGUAUUCCAUCACGCGCUGACUUCGAACGGGGCCGGCGUCCGACUAUCGUCGUUCCAAAACAAAGAUCAAGAUCAGCUUACAGCGUUCCCGCUCCUCGAGUGAUCGAAAUCGGCUCGGAUGACGAAGAAGGAAACACCGCAUCAAAGGUCGAACAUAUUGAUGAUUGCGUCGACCAAAGCUCUUCUGGGUCAUCGUCCCGCUCUACCACUACUCUGAAAGGUAUUUUGCGUUCGCCCAGAGCUGUAGUCGAACAGGAGCCUCUACAAACCGCUUCUCCUCCACUGAUUCAACCGACCCAUAGGAUCAGACGACGCCGCUGCUCAUUCUCGCACCCGCCGCCUAUCGAGCGGUCGAGAUUUGCCGUAUGCGACUCCGAAGAUGACGGCUUCCCUGUAGAGUAUAAUGUGCCACUAGACUCGCCAGGUGCCUUCUAUACACCGCUAGCCUCUCCGCAUCACCAUGUCAUUACCGGUACCAUGCCCAAUUACCAUCAGCCCGUUACAGCGAGCCAACUCCCCUCCGUGGCCUGGCAUAGUGGUCCCAGUAGUCAUCCUCCGAGUUCCGCUUCGAGCAACCUCUCCAGUAACGUACUGCCCCAACAGACACAGCCUUUCGGUAUUCAAUACCAAAAUGUACUGGGAUUUGGUACUUUACAGCCAGCUCCAAUGGGUUCGAUACCACAUAUGCAGCAGCAAACAACAGCUUCUAUACUAUACCCUCAACCCGGAUUCAUCCCACCUCCACCUCCGUUGCCACCUGGUACAAUACCACUCAAUACUCAGCCUGCAACGGGGAAUAUCGGGACUGUUCAUGUCAUGGCCAACGAGGAAGAGCGCAUCAAGAAUCAUUUCGAAUCUGUUGUCAAGCCCCAACUCGCUAGUAACCAUAAACAACGCAAGAAACCAAAAGAGCAGGCUCCAGAAGACGAGCAGCCGCAGGCUAGUGUCGAAAAGUACAAAGAAGGUAUGAAAAAACUGGAGCAGGAAGCACCACCAGGCACUGGAAUACCAGCCAGUCAAGAGAUGCUGAAAGACCUACCACCGAAGGUUUCUUCCGACAGAUUGAUGGCGUACACUCAUGUUUGCGCUGGAUGCGGAAAGACAAGAUCUCAAGGUUAUCAUAUGACGCACCUUUUGAAUAAAGGGGAAAAGCCCGAGGCCGAUUACUGUCGUCGAUGCAUUGUCAAUGCCGAGUACACAGACUCUGAAGCAAUAGAAAGUCCCCCUGAGAAGAAGAUCCUCAUGACGCCUGGAAUUUCUGUCAAAGACAACAGCCACGGGUUGCGCACGCCUACCAGCACUGCCGAGGCUGACAAGAGUGGCCAUCGAAAGAUAUCACAUAGGAAACGCAGUAGUCGGGGCAGUCUCUUGAAAACUGUCUCCUCAAUUCUGUCCAGUGGUAGCCGUAGUAGACGUGCCGUUUCGCUUUCGAGUCCUGAAGAGGCAAGUUCCCGAGGCUCGUCUCGUACGGGGGCACCCAGAGUCCACCGGCCAGACCCGACUUCGUCUAAGGCAAGAUCAAACAGAAUAUCCCAACAGCGAUCGUCACUUUCCAAGGCUUCUGCCGAGAGGUUCAAGCCGUCGGCUUCACUUCAAGCAACCCAGAUGACUGUUAACCCCACUGAUAAUUCCCAAGGCGGAAACCACAGCCAACGAGAGUUGCAUCGUCCUCGAUCACCUACAAGAAGGACACGAGCUGCGCCAAACCCAUAUUCAAAUACCAUGUCGCGACUAAAGAUACCCAACUCAUCACAUUCUCGGGUGCCUAACUUCUCAUAUAAGUCAAGCCCCCUCGUACCAUCGACUAAAAACGUGCAAGAAGGAGCAUCUGGGCAUUUAGACCCCUGGUACCGGCAAUCGCUCGCUCAUACUGAGGCUUCAGAGACCGAGGCGUACGCCGGAAACUCAGAAGCUAAUAAGUCCCAUUGUAACAACCACGGUACCACUUCUUCUGGAAAUAUAUUGCCUUCUGAUCAGCCUGGUGGUCAGAUUGGCCAUGGUUUCAAGACCGCAGGCUCCUAUCCAGGACCUGAAUCAGCCUUAGUUGAGCGGGCGGAUUCUGUUGACCAUCUCUUAGAACAGGCAAAUGUUCAAAGCAGUCCAAAUAGAUCCCAUGUUUCACAGAAUCAUGGUGGGUGGGAUUCACUUGGCAUCUUCAACAAAGCCCCCGACUUGAAGAAGCCCUUAGACGAUCAUGGUGGUGACACUUGGAAUGAUGUACCCAUCGAUAUUGGUGAAAGUGGACACAAUAGUCGCCACUCUGAAGCUGGUAGCGGUGACUCCAGUAAGGGGUACAGUAAUUCACCUAGUUAUGAAGGACAAGACCUUUUCGACCAGGCUCCCAAUUCCAAUGACCCACUCGGACAAUCAUCUGUGAGAGAAGCUACCGGUUUUGGGAACGCUUCUCUGCUCGGAGACACAAGUAGCCGAAGCAACAUCGGUAUUCCGGACCCGGGCAGUAGGAAGUCAAGAAAGAGGCCCGAUCAGAAGUCAGACCACCAAUGCGCUGGAACUUUUGACCAAGUACCCAACCUCAGAAACGUCUUUGAUCAUCCACAAGCAGGAGGAGCCGCCCAAAACCAUGACAACCUCAAAAUUGGCGGUAGCUGGCGUGAGAGCGGAAGCCACGGUUCGUCCAGAAGAGAGGUUAGCAAUGAGGCCACCUUGCAUGAAGCAACCGGGACAUUUAACCGAAAUCCCAACUUCAGCGAUAUUUUCAAGCGUCCACAGCCAGAUGGCGGUGGGUUUAGCAAGGCAAAGCUUGAGCCUUGUGAUAGUCCCUAUCGUAGCCAACAUUCUGGCUCGUCCGGACAAAAGUCUGAUACGAAGACUCGCAGCCACGCUAUAAGCACCCUAAAAAUGGCUCAGGACGAACGAGGCAUCGAGUCGGAGCCUGAGCUAUCGCCAGAUAAAGAUGCAUUUGACUCGUUGCCGGCCACACCCCUUGAUACUACUUGGGGAAACGAGUUUGAGCCUCGCCCGUACGUCCAAAACGACUCAUGGGAAUACAAUCAAAGUCACUUCGAGCAACAAGCCGAACAAAUGGUAGAGCAGAUGGUCGAAGAUGAACUCAUGCACGCCGAAUCAUGUGCUUCGGAUGAGGAACGGACCGACGGGAACGCGCGUUAUCAACUUUCAAAUGAGUCGGAAAAUGAGGGCUCAACCGCGUUUGACAAGGAUGACAUCAAACAGCUCGAGUUUUUGAGCCAUGAGCGGCCGCAAUCCCGGAGAAGUUCAAAUAAGAGCCACUCCAGGAGUUCUCGCGAUCACUCCCAGCUAUCAUCAAAACAUUAUUCUCAUACAGAGGCUUAUGCGAAGAGUACAAGAAGCCAUGCUUCUUCAAGGAAUAACAUGUAUGAGUAUCCCGAAGACAACAACCGGUCAACCGUUUCGAACAAGUCAUCGUUCGACUUUCUUCCUCCAGCGGAGGGAUCUUCUGUCCUCGCCCACACUGGGCAUUCAGGGGACAACAUCGCAAAGCUCGGCACAUUGCACGAUAACACCUCGACUACAUCUUCGACUCGGCCGCUUCGCCGCCGCAUUCGCCGUUUUGGUUUAUGA